CUCGCUCGCUGGUACCGGUCUAUAUAGUAGCGGUCUGAACUGCCCCCAACUUAUCCCCCGCUGUGUGCCGUCAUACAGUACUUCACACCUCCGUACCCUUUUCACCUCUCAAAAAUCUACAACACUCCUACACCGCACAAAGUACCACCCUCGUUGGCGCAAACCACUCCACCACUGUCCCUCGCAUCUUUACCUUCAACGACCUACUCCGAUCGACUGCCAGUUCGUUCCGCCGUAGCAUGAACUCGCAAUUUCAGCGUACAAGACUUUCAUCCGCUGGCCUCGACCCCUACGCCGCUCCUGCUCAGUACUACGGGACGUCCCACUCCAAAAGACACAUCAAGUACCGCACCUAUUCUGCUAAUUUCGACCUUCACAGCGGACGCAAUGCUAUCGGUGAUGCCAUCAGCGGUUUCCCCAGUCGUCGCUCCAGUCACGACGAGCUGUAUAGCCGCCCCCGUAGGUUCCUGGUCCAGGUCGAACCAACCCUGAAAACCCUACUUGCCCGCGAGGACACCGAUGAAAACUUCCAGAUCACAAUCGAUGAUCAUGGCCCAAAGCAAAUCUCGCUUGGAACCUUCAAGUCCAACGCGCAUAAUAGUUUCGAUAUUAGAGGCAACUACAUGAUCUCGAACUUGCUCCAAGAGCUUACCCUCGCCCAAGAAUACGGACGGAAGACGAUCGUUCUCGACGAAUCGCGUCUCAACGAGAAUCCAGUCAGUCGCCUCUCCCGUCUGAUAUCUGAUACCUUCUGGGAUGGGUUGACGCGCCGCAUCGACGGCUCCAACAUUGCCCAGGUUGGAAAGGAUACCAAGGACUGGACUGAUCAUCCACGUCCGCGUAUCUACGUCCCACGCGGAGCACCCGAGCAGUAUGAAUACUACACUCGGAUUGCCAAAGAGCAUCCCGAGAUGGACCUGGAUGUUCAGUACCUGGCCGAGAACUGCGUCGAUCCAGCCUAUGUACGUGACUUGAACGCCGCACCAGGCCUUCUUGCAAUCGCAAUGGAGGAGUACACGGAUCCCGCGACCGGCAAAAAGGACAUGCGAGGACUCCCGUUCAUUGUGCCAGGCGGAAGAUUCAACGAACUUUACGGCUGGGAUACCUACAUGUCUUCUCUCGGACUCCUCCUCAAUAACCGUGUCGACAUUGUUAAGAACAUGGUUACCCACUUCUGCUUCAGCAUCAAGCAUUAUGGGAAGAUCUUGAAUGCCAACCGAUCCUACUACCUUGGCCGCUCUCAGCCACCCUUCCUCACCGACAUGGCCCUUCGUGUUCAUGACCGCAUCAAACACGAAGACGGUGCCUUGGACUUCUUGCGUGAAGCUGUGCUCGCGGCCAUUAAGGAGUACCACACCGUAUGGACCAGCAGCCCGCGCCUGGAUCCCGAGACUGGCCUCUCCCGCUACCGGCCCACUGGUCUCGGAGUUCCGCCUGAGACGGAGGCAUCUCACUUCGAACAUAUCCUGACGCCAUACGCAGAGAAGCACAAUAUGACGUUCAAGGAAUUCGUUGAUGCCUACAAUCACCAGCGGGUCGAGGAGCCCGAGCUGGACGAAUACUUCUUGCACGAUCGUGCUGUGCGCGAGUCCGGACACGACACAUCUUACCGCCUGGAGAAGGUUGCUGCCAACCUGGCGGUAGUCGACAUCAACGCCCUGCUGUACAAGUACGAGAGGGAUAUUAGCAACAUCCUGAGCAAGCAUUUCGGAGACAAACUCGAGAUACCCCCCGAGUUUGCCGCGCCUGGUCUCGUGCCCGGCACGUUCGAAACGUCCGCCAUGUGGGACCGCCGAGCCAUCAAACGAAAGGCUGCGGUUGACAAGUACCUGUGGAACGACGAAGCCGGCAUGUACUUCGACUACGACACGGUGAAGAAGCAGCAGACAGACUACGAGAGUGCCACGACGUUCUGGCCAAUGUGGUCGGGCCUUGCCUCUCCUCGCCAGGCUACCCUCUUGGUGGAACGCGCUCUCCCCAAGAUGGAGAUGUUUGGAGGGCUAGUAUCUGGUACUGAGAAGUCCCGUGGUGCUAUCGGCAUCAACCGUCCCAAUCGCCAGUGGGACUACCCGUACGGAUGGGCCCCGCAGCAGAUACUUGCCUGGGUUGGCCUUGAUCGUUACGGGUACGUGGAAGAGGCACAGCGACUUGCAUACCGUUGGCUGUACAUGGUCACUAAGGCGUUUGUCGAUUACAACGGCGUGGUCGUGGAGAAGUAUGACGUUACACGCGAGAUCGAUCCCCACAAGGUCGAUGCGGAGUAUGGUAACCAGGGUAGCGACUUUAAGGGAGUUCCUCGUGAAGGGUUCGGUUGGGUCAACGCCAGCUAUGUCUUCGGCCUGAGCCUCGUGAGCGCGCUCCAGAAGCGUGCGUUGGGCAACUUGGUAACUUGGGAUCGCCUCACCAAGGCCACCGAGGAGGCACUCGAGAUCACCAAUUAGCCUUCCUCCCCCCCUUUGGAUACGCAGGUGACAAGAAUGGCUCUAUUGAACUUUAGCAAGCACCCGGUGGUUACGGGAGGGGGAUAUGUGAUGGGAGAGAUGGGGAUGGAGUCUACGCUUGUGCUG